GGGGGAGCUGUGUUUUCGGGGGACAGUUCUACACAUGCUAAUGCAGCCCCCCUGCUCCUCAUGCAGAAAUGAAGCUGAUUGGCUGCUCGGUGCAAUGAGGAAACGACUACUGAAUAUUUGUAGCUCAGAGCCACAAGUAUAGAAAUAGCAGCUCCACUUCCUCUCAGCACUGACACCAGUACUUUUGUCUCUCUGCACCAAAACAUGUCUGAUCCGUGUGACUUGGAGAAGGAGAUCCGGCCUCUCCCCAUAUCAGAAAUCAAACAUGAUAGGGUGGAGCGUGUGACCACCAUGUUGUUAGUCCUCCUGCUUCUCAUCUGUGUCCUCCUGCAGCUGCUGAGUAUUGGCCUGCGACUCACAAUGACCAACCCAGAGCUGCUGGGAGAGAACAGACAAAUCACAAUGUGGCCCUUCUGCACAAUAAACAGGACAGGUAAGUGCUACCUUGUUCCCAUAGCCCAUAGCUGGGACACCCGUGUUUGGGUGCUCUAUCUUAAUAUAGAUUCCUAUGAGAUAAUCAUCAGCAGGGGAUGGAACGGGAGCUUGAGUCCUUUCUGCAGCAGUUACAGCAGCACAAGAUACAACUGCAGCCAUACCCCGAGUCUGUACACGGCACUGCUACUCCCAGCUGAGAAUGUUACAGGGAGUAGGAGUCUGACCCUCGGGGAUGGGCUGCACUAUGGCAGCUUCUACAAUGCUCCCCUGAGCCCACAUCAGAACUACACGGUGUACCUGAGAGUCACCAGCACAUGGAAGCAGGUGAAUAAAUCCUCCUGCACCAGAUUUGAUCCCUUCCUCAUCGCAGGAAACCAGCCCCUCCCACCUACACUGAUUGGAGGACUUGCAGGGGGCGGGGCCCUACUGCUGCUCCUGGUGGUCCUGCUGGCCUUCUGCAAGCUGGGAUUGGUCAGAUCUGCAAUGUGUCAGUCUUCUUUUGGCCUGUCCAAUUGGAUCCCAAUGGGCAACAGAAAUGCUCAUGGUAAGAAGAAGAGAGACAUUCCAGUCGAUGAUCUACUUGAGGUUGUAAAAAGGUUUCGGAAUGAGGAGCUGUUGGUCAAUAAAGAGGGUGAUGAGGAGAAUUCCAACAUGUUACCUGUGGGGCGUCCCAAGGAAUACAAGGAACUGCCCUCGGGCCCCUUGUACCCCUGUGCCGCUGCCUCAUCUGAGCAGAACAAAACUAAGGACCGAUACAAAAAUGUUAUCCCUUAUGAUAACUGCCGUGUGAUUCUGCGCUCAAACCCCUCAGGGUCGGAUUAUAUCAAUGCCUCGUACAUAGAUGGAUACAAAGAGCCCAAAUUCUUCAUAGCUACCCAAGGUCCCCUCCCAGAGACGUUGGCAGAUUUCUGGCACAUGGUUUGGCAGGAGAAGAGCUCAGUCAUUGUGAUGCUGACGGCUUUAGAGGAGCAGAACAAGGUAAAAUGUGAGCGUUAUUGGCCAGAAGAGAUCCAGACAUAUGGAGACAUCAGAGUUUCAGUAGAAAGUACGAGCCAGACAGGAGCUUUCAUUAGCCGCAGCUUCACCCUACAGAAGGUGGGAGACUCAGCCCAAAGGACAGUAGAGCAUCUGCAUUACCUGCAAUGGCCGGACCAUGGAGUUCCCAGUAAGCCAUCUGGGCUUCUGCAGCUGAUGGACCAGAUGAAUAAGUGCAAGCUUCCCGGGUCAGGCCCAGUUAUAGUGCAUUGCAGUGCAGGGAUUGGUCGGACGGGGACGCUGCUGGCGCUGGACAUAUUGCUGAAGAGGGCACGGGCCGAGGGCAAGGUGAAUGUGUAUGACUGUGCCCUCCAGAUGCGCAGGAGACGACCCAAUAUGAUACAGAACCAGGGUCAGUACAUGUUCCUGUAUGACGUGUUGCUGGAGACACUUGUGUGCAGUUCCACCAGUCUGCCAGUAGAGGGAGUCCUGACUCACAUGCGCCACAUGCAGACCCUGGAUCCUGGAACCAACACAUCCGGCUUCACCAGGGAAUUCCAGGCUGUGGAGAAACUAACAGAACUGUAUAGAAUCUGCUCGUACAGAGAAGCCCAUGAGAAUCACUGCAAGAAUCUUCAUCCCGACAUCAUUCCAGGUGAUCACUGUCGUCCAAUCCUAAUGUCUGUGAUGGACCAACAUGGCGCCCCUGGUUACAUCAAUGCUGUGUUUAUAAAUUCCAACAGCCAAGAGGAUCAGUUCAUUGUCACUCAGCUCCCCAAAUUGGAGACACUGCCGGAUCUCUGGUCCCUGGUGUGGGAUUAUAGAUGCACCUCCAUCAUUGUGAUGCACCCGGCGCAGGACAUACGGCGGCUUUGUCCGCACUUCUAGCCGGUGUCUGGGGAAUCAACUUACAGCAACUUCCAGGUCAAGAAGAUUUCCAGCCUAAGAGACAGCGGCUUCUCUGGGGCGACACUUCACUUGCAGCAUAAGAAAGAGCCCAUCCUUGAGGUGCAGCUGUGGCAUCUGGACUCUUGGCCUAAAGACAAACCUGUUCCACAGAACCCGGGGGCCAUCAUUAGCCUCAUUGGCAAAGUGGAGCGGCUGCAGCAGCAGGACAAAGAGAGUCAUGUACUUGUGAUCUGUAGUGAUGGGGCAACCCGGUCGGGCAUUUUCUGUGCUGGAAGUUUAAUAUGUGACCAGAUCCGCAGCGAUGGAUUCCUGGAUGUUUCCCAAUCAGUGAGAUCCCUCAAGAAACGGAGAAGACAACUUAUUCCUAAUGUAGAUCAGUACUCGUUCUGUUACUCACUGGCUAAGACUUAUUUGGACUCCUUUGAGACCUAUGGGAAUUUCCAGUAGAAUUCCGGAGCUGUUGGACAUGGGAGAGAACCAGGAACUGCCGGUCAGUCUGACCUGAGCCGCACUGCUGACAUUUAGUUCUGUAUAUCUAAAAUGUUCUAUAUAUUUCUAACCAAUAACAAAUAAUAUUGUAGAAAAUAAAGACAUUAAAUUAUAAUAAAGUUAUUUUAUGGAUUUAAUUAUAAGAUGUUGUUAAAGCCUUUAACUAAUCAGUGUAAUUGUCUCAUUAAUUCUGUUACAUGAACCUUUGAUUAAAUGAACAGAACCAGAUCCAAUGGCUGCAGUUCUUCC